AUGGCGGUCGGCAUCAUGGCGGCUCGUGUUGCAGCGUCUCCUCUGUCUCUGUUCCUCCUCAGCUGCUUCCUUCAGGUCCUCAUCCAGGGACAGAUGUUUCGAGCUCCGCCCUCCCACGAAGUCUUCCUGAGGUCCAAACGGGCCAAUCAGUACCUGUUGGAGGAGAUCCUGCAGGGGAACCUGGAGCGCGAGUGUUUCGAGGAGAAUUGUAACUACGAGGAGGCGCGCGAGUACUUCGAGAACGACAAGCAGACGAUCGCCUUCUGGACGGUCUACAAAGACGGGGACCAGUGUAAGCCGAACCCCUGCCUGCAUGGGGGGAACUGCACCGACAGGGUGGGCGGGUUCAACUGCUCGUGCCCCGAGACCCACCACGGGGCGGCCUGUGAGCUGAGGAUGUUGGAGUGUCCCACUGAAGGUCCGGUGGCGUGUCAUCAGGUGUGCACGGCGUCCCGGUACUCCUACUACUGCUCCUGUUUACCCGGGUUCAAGCUGGAGGCGGACGAACGCACCUGUGUCCCUGAAGUGGAAUUCCCCUGCGGACAACUUCCUGCUAAAUACAACACCACAGCAUCAAUCUGUCCCCAUGGCAACUGCCCCUGGCAGGUGUCCCUGAUCACGGCGCCGGGGGAGGAGCUCUGUAGUGGCGUCGUACUCGGUCCACGCUCGGUCCUGACGGCAGCCAGCUGCCUGUUCUUAGUCCCGGAGCGAGGAUCCACCCCCCGGCCGUCAGACUUCUUCGUGCUGCCCGUGAACAGGAAGAUGGUCGUCGCCGUCCGCGCUCUCUACGUCCACCACCGUUAUCGUAGAGGUCACCAUGACAACGACCUCGUCCUUCUGGAGCUCGCCGUCCCUCUGCCCUUUGGCCACGCCCUCAUCCACCUCUGCCUGCCCACCCGGGACUUCUGCGAGAACAUCUUGAUGCAGUCCGGGAGGCCGGGCCACGCCGGGACUCGGGGGGUCAGUCAGCUGGAGGAGCUGGCCUACAUGAGUCUGGACGAGUGUCGCAGUCAGCUCAGCAUUUCGCACGUGCUCAGUAACAAGAUGUUCUGCAUGAAGACGCCACGGGAGCCCACUGGGACGCCAAGGAGUCCAAACGCACACAUCAGAGAACCAGACGGAGGUCUGAGCUCCACACAUGACCCUCAGGACGGAGCAGGAAACAGCAGCGCCCGGUUCCUCCUUCCUGGGGACGAGGGGUGGCUCAGGUCAGGGGUCAGCAGCAGGCGUUGUGAUGGACCUUUGACGGGGACGCCGGUUGUCACGGAGGAUCGGGGGACGGUGUACGUGACCGGGCUGCUGAUGUCCUCGUCAGCAGGAUGUGACGGCGGCAGCGUAGGCGGUCUGGUGUUCACUAAACUGUCCCGCUACCUGAACUGGAUCAAACCACGGCUGGAGGACGCCGAGAGUCGCAUGACCCCUCAAAUCAGCCUGUUCCCUUGGCUGCAAUGA